AUGUCAGGUCAAAGCUUAUCUUCGUCAUCCAAACGACGGCCUUCUUUGCCCUCAGACUCUAGCGCCAAUAUAGUAUCAACCUUAGACCGACAACCGAGGACACAUUCUUCAGCUAUUAUCAAACAUGGUAAAUACGUCUUGAUAGGUGGAUUAGGAUGUUGGUGGGUCGAUUUACCGAAUGCUGUCCAAAGGGUGUUAGCGAGUGAAGGUAAUUGGGUCAGGAGAAUGAUGUUUGCUGGAUUAGGUGGUCAUGGUGCUACGGUUUUGAUAUUCCUUUACCUGGUGCUAUUUCUACCUUGGUUCAGAGGAUACGUACCGAAUUAUCCACAAUGGCAAGCGUCACCUCGCCUAUCACUCAUCGUCCCUCUGUUGACAGCUACGAUUUUGCUCGGAUGGACAUGUCUGGUGGUUUCCCUCUCACAAGCUGGAAAGAGAAGCAUGUUGGAAUCAGCUGUUGACGCGGUUAAGGGUGUUGGAAAUGCAAGUCUGGGUCAGAUGAAGGGUGAGGAUGGAUUAGGUGUAUUCAAAUCUAUGGUAGGAGCAACCUCCUUGUAUAUAUUCUCUUUGGGAAUAUUAGGUUUCAUACCUGCUCCAACAAACGUUCCAGUACGAGAUAAAAGUGCUUGA